AUGUUGCGGGUGUGUGAGAAGCUCCGUGAGGCGGACGAGAAGGGCAGGAGGUACGGACUAGACCGUGCGGAGACAGACUACCUCCGUGCCUUGGUGGACGCCAUGGCCGACACGGACAGGCUGGCAGAAGUGGAGCUGCUCAAAACACUGGGCGACGUGAACGUGGAGAAGGGAAGACUCGGGAAGGACGUGGGGAAGUUCAACACAGCCUUGGCGCUUUAUCAGGCUGCUAUGGUGCGGUGUGACCAUCGGGAACAGGCAGAUGGUAUAGAACACCGCUACCACUACACGGAGAGGCUCAGAUCCUACCGCAGGUACCUCCAGACGGCAGACCGUGACUUGGACAAUGGAGACCUGGGCGCAGCAGAGCAGAACCUAGCAGCCGCCCUGAAGCUGGUUCACGAUCGCAGUAAACCCAACAAGGCUAAAGAAGCCGACUGUCUGUGCAGGUUGGGUGACGUCUACGUUGAGCGAGGUAAGCGGACAGGAGAAGAUAGGACAUUCACACAGGCGGCAGCUCUGUAUAACGCCUCCAUGGCUCGGUCAGAUGGAGACAAACAAAACAUGGUACGAAAACUGCAAGAAACAGAAAGGCGGUUUCUUAGAAACACAUGUAACCUACACUGUGAACCGUGUCCGUAUAACAGCGCGUUAGAUCACAUAAAGGAACUUGACAACUCGCGCGCCCGUGCAAAAUCUCAGCUCGAAACGGUUCAUCAGGAACACAACCCUUAUCAGUAUGAUGAAGACGACCCCGUCGUGAGAGAGGUAGAGAUCAAACGAGCUGAAGCAAUCAAGAAUUUGUUCAAGAGCAUCACAGCUGGAAGACGAGAGUUUAUCCAAACACUGACAGAUGAAUGCAUCGCCAAACUCGGACCUCCUCCCUGUAAGUACGCUUUCAUCGGGAUGGGGUCACAGGCCACAGAACUGGUGACGCCGUACUCCGACCUGGAGUUCGCCAUUCUGAUUGAGGAGGGGGAGGGUGAUGAUGAUACACGGAUGUACUUCAUAAAUCUCACACACUACUUACAUCUAAAAGUCAUCAACCUUGGAGAAACCAUCCUCCCAGCCAUGGCCAUCCCGUCACUCAACGACUUUCUCUCAGAAGACCCAGAAAAAGACUGGUUCUACGACUCCGUCACACCUCGUGGCUUCGCCUUCGACGGCUUCAUGCCUUGGGCUUCUAAGACUCCGUUUGGAAGAGACAGGACCAAAACGAAAGAUCCCGUUAGUCUCAUCCAGACUCCUGCUCAGUUGGCCAAGUAUCAGAAUAUCAGAAUUGCCCUGGCGGAAGGCUAUCACCUGUCAGACAUCCUCAGAAGGGUGACCUACUUAACAGGAGACGAGUCUUUGGUAGACGAGUAUACAAGCAUUGUCAACAAAAGCGUAGACCAUUCCCCUGUUCUGUCACGGUUGUCAGCAAUGCUAAUACUGAAUGUUAUCAUUCGGGAAAUAAAAAAUGUUGAACCAACGGACCAACUUCUGGAUGUGAAGAAAGAAAUCUACCGUUUUCCCAGCGUGGCCGUUGAUGUGUUGAGUAUUUGCUGUGGUAUCACGAUCCCCAGUGCGUGGGGAAUGAUAGAAGAGUUACACAAGACACAGCGGAUAAGUGACGAAGAUGCCCACCACUUGACUGUACUGAUCAGCAUCUCAGCGGAGCUACGGUUAAGAACAUACAUUGCCAACGGAGGACAGAAGGACAAAACAACGCCACAUCCCGACAUUGCGUCAUCACUAAACAACAUUGGGAACUGUUGGCGUGACCUUGGUGAUCAGAGGAAAGCUAUCAGUUAUCACGAACAGUCACUGAAGAUGAGAAAAGCUAUCUAUGGCGAAACAACGCCACAUCCCGAUAUUGCUGAUUCACUAAACAACAUUGGGGCCUGUUGGCUUGACCUUGGUGAUCGGAGAAAAGCUAUCAGGUAUCACGAACAGUCGCUGAAGAUGAAGAAAGCUAUCUAUGGUGAAACAACGCCACAUCCUGACAUUGCUGGAUCACUAAACAACAUUGGGACAUGCUGGAGUGACCUUGGCGAUCAGAGAAAAGCUGUCAGGUAUUACGAACAGUCGCUGAAGAUGAAGAAAGCUAUCUAUGGCGAAACAACGCCACAUCCUGAC